UGGCAACCAUGCUGGCAAUUUUAUAUUGCAAAUCGAAUGCAAAAAGGCGCCCGUAAACACACCAAACAAACCCAAGCAGCCGCUACAGAGGAAAACACGAUUUAAUUUCACAAUUUUGGUAGAAUAUAUAAAAAAUACAAAAAAUGAACGACACAUUUGGAGGAGAUUUUAAUGCCACCCAAAGCCAUGACGGAGCCGCUUCGGAAAAGAAGGCAGAAGGAAUUGCUCCUGUUAUGAUAAAACAAAUUCUCAGUUCACCUGAAGGAAACUUCCAAAUGUUUGACAUGAGCUUUAGUAUGGUGUGCAUCAAGGGCAUCGUACGUAAUAUUGAUACUUCAUCGACCAAAAUUACUUAUACCCUGGAGGAUAGUACCGGUCGCAUAGAGGCACAUUACUGGCUUGAAGAAGGUGACACUUCCAAGUCACCGAAUGUAAUGUUAAAUCAAUAUGCAACCGUAUAUGGUAGUGUAAGAUCACAGGGUGGUCAGAAGACAUUGAUGGUCUUCAAAAUGUUGCCAGUAAAUGACCCAAAUGAAGUUGUUACCCACAUCUUGGAAAUGUUGAAUGCUCGCUAUAAAUCUGAAGAAUUUGCAACGAAGGGUAGCAAUUUUGAUUUCAAUGGUGGCUCGAAGGCAAGCAAUGAUGGUGGCAGUUUUGGUAUACAAAGUGGUAAUGAUUUAGGGCUGGAGGGUAAAAAUUUGGCUAUAUUCAAGGCCAUUAAAGAACACAUUUCGAAUGAUGGUAUCAGUCGCAAUGAAUUGAAACGAAAAUUCACCCAAAUGAAGGAAGCCGAGUUAAAUGGUAUUUUGGAUUUCUUAAUUUCCGAAGGUCACAUCUAUUCAAGCAUAGACACAGAUCAUUUUCUCAGCACGGAAUAGGAACAUUCCUAAUAUCGAAAUAAGCAUUUAUAUAAUAUGUACUGUUUUUUUUUUUUAUACAAAUACACCAGAAAUAAAAUUUUCUUUUCACAUGUUACAGUUUAGAACUCCGA